CCGGCAGCAACUCCAGAAAUGUGGGCAGCUAGGCACAGUGCGCAAACCUUAAUAGCAUGCAUCAAUAUAAGGUCGGUACAAGCAUCAAACCUCUACACUCCCGCGCAGACCCAACAGACCCAUGGAUAACAAUCUCGAGACUUCCCAUCCGUCGGCCUCGUCCAAUCCGCCUGCUGCUCUCCUCCAUGGAGAGCCUGUCACUCACUCCUUCCCACUAGCAGAUAAACAUGGGCGCACCUUAGCCACCCUGAAUGUCACCUGCCUCGAGCGUCCAGACCUCGGAAACAAGCAUCUUCCUUACCUUCUGGAAGGCGAGAUCCUAACGGGCUCUCUCGAUCUUGACUUGCCAGAGGAGACAACCGUCAAGUCCGUCAAGGUCUCUCUAAUCGGCGAACAACCGACAAACCUCGACCUCGAGGCUUCAGAGUUUGUCAAGGUCACACAGGUCCUGUGGCCUGCGGAAGGCUCUGAUGGGGCUUCCAGCCACUCGAGCGUCAGCGACGUGGCUCACCACAAGCUGAAAGGCAGCUUCCACUGGCCUUUUUCACUUACCCUGCCGACCACGGCAGAAUUCAUGCUGGAGAAUGGAACGAAGCAGACGCGCCGCCUUCCGAGCUCAUCACACGCCUCUGACCCAAAGGUCCAUGUCAAUUACCGCAUCGAGGCCAAGAUCCACCAUGGUACUCUUCUCCACUUUACAGACCAUCUCAUUGACUCUACCAUAAUAUAUUUUGCCGGCCAGUCACAGUAGCUCCCGGAGUACGUGAGGUUCUUUGUUCGAGAUUCAAGGUGCAUGUACUUCAACGAGCUAUAUCAGAUGGCAAUCUACUUCCCAUUAGGCCACAGCUGUUUCUUGUAGCGCUUCCUGACCAUAGCGCUCCGUGAAAGCUUGCGAAGUCGAUGUCCUCACGAAUGAAAUCGAGGGCUUCGCCAGAUCACCUUGCCUAGAUCACCAUCUUGCACGUAUCACACGGUGCUACCGAUCUUCUCUACAGAAUGUAUCAUGGUAUUUGAGGCCCAUCUGCAGCUGCGUGAUAAACUCACAAUUCAAUACCACUUGUUCUAAGU